UACGCACUAAGGACCCGGUGAGUGUGACGUCACGAGCGUCCCUCACUACGCCCUCUGAAGUGACGCCUUCAGAGCGGCUUCAGUGACGGGCGACGCGCGCCUGCUGGUGCCGCGCCGUGUGUGCUGCGUGGCGGGAGGCGCGUGCCGGCACCAUGGUGGGCCAGCUUAUGGUGGAGGACGAGUACACCAUUAAUGUCAAGCUGCGGCGGCCCCUGCGGGAGGGCGGCUGCCUCGCUCCGCCCACACUCACCUUCAACCCAGACUCCCCAGCCCUCACCUUCACGCCGCCGCCCGAUGCCACCUUCAGAGAGCUUCGCGCCACCAAGAAUGUGAACGGGCGGCCCUGCCUGACUGUGGGCACUCAGCCCCACCCCGGCCAGCUCAGCAUCAUGCCGCCCGGCGAGGCGUUGCACGUGGGGCCGCCACCUCCGCCCCAGGUGAUGGUGGGCCGCAAGCCCCUGCCCCUCGUGCAGGUGUUCUCCGACGACAACGAUCUUGUCGCCACCAACAAAUUCACUGCGCCACAGGACCGCGCCCCCAGCCCGCUCGGGCCCCGCUCCGGCCAGCUGGCUCUGGACUACCCGUCCUCCGCCGCGGGCACCCUCUUUGUGCCCCGCAUACCCGAACACUGCAAGUCUGACAGCGGCGUGCUAUACGUGCCGCCCGUGGAGGAACAGAAGCUUCGAGUACAGAAGAAGGAUGAGCCGCCCCUGCGAGGCAACUCCCGCCGACGCCGCCUGCCGGAGCUUGAGGGCCAGCUGGUGCCGUACUCUGGACGGGAGGCAGCCUCGCGGGCGGCGGCGCGCGCCCUGCUGGGCAAUGUGUUGGCUCCCCGCCUGGACUCCCCACGCCCUCCUUCCCCGAGGCCACCCACCACCACAGACAUGCAUCUCUCCGGUGACCUGGUCAGCCUGAGCCUGGGCCGUCCCCGCGCCCUCACCUGGGGAGGGCACACCUCUGCCUUAGAAGGCGAGCGAGUGGUGGAGCCCUAUGGAGGCGGCGUAUCAGCGUCGCACGCUCAUGCCACGACUGCGGCUGUAGGAGGGCGGGGCGCUCAUGUAAGUGGCGAGGCUGAGGCCCCGCAGCCUGUUGACCCCGCCAUUUUGACCUCCAUUGACCUGGAGAGCGACCAUCCUCGCCACGAGAUGCCCGUCACAGACACGCCCCAGCUCCACCACAACCACCACCACCGCCACCACGACCUCAACCACAACGACCACGUGUUCGUGCACAAGCCGCCAGAGGAAGGCCGGCCGGUGGGUGGGCGAGCAGCUAAGUACGUGGUGCAUGACGACCAUCAGCUGGGGAUGGGACACGACAACUAUGCCUUCGACAGUGAAACGUCAGGGCAUGAUAUAUACAGCUAUGACCCAGGCUACAGUUCUGAGAGGUCACCAGAAGACGAAGAGAGGCCCCCGCUCUUUCAUGCAGAAAACAGAGACAGUGAUGUUGAGGAGGAGGAGGAGGAGGAGGAGGAGGAUGACGACGACGACGACGACGAUGAUGAACAGCUGCAGUCCAGUAACCUCAGGCUGCACCCCGGCCACUGCCUCUCCAAGGAGGAUCUCAUGAAACUGCUUCCCUUCAUCAAUGAGGGAACUAUUUUCGAAGUGACUGUAAUCAAGAACCUGAGGGGUUUGGGCCUGGCAGUGUGUGGAGGCAUUGAGAGCCAGGGGCCUUAUGCUGGCCUAAUCCGCAUCAAGAAGCUUUAUCCCCAGACUCCUGCUUGGCUUUGUGGGCAGCUAGAAGUUGGAGACAUCCUGCUUCAUGCUAAUGGCAACCCUCUUACAGGUCUCUCCAGUCAUGAGGCACUGGAGAUGUUACGGACAACAGAACGUGAAGUGACCCUUGAGGUGUGUCGCCCCCCCCCGGGAACUUUCACAGCAGGAGAGGACGUCUCAGAUGGAGGAUCAGGGGUCAUCAGUACAAGCCUCACCCUCCCCAGCACUAGUCACAAUUACCUUUCUCCCUCCCCAUCAUUUUCCUCUUGUGGGGAGUUUGAGUUGACUCUGACAAAAGUUGGAGGCUCUCUGGGAUUCACACUGAGAAAACAAGACAACAGCAUCCUAGGACACACUAUUCGCACCCUUGUAAGAGAACCAGCACUCUCUGAUGGCAGGAUACGGCCUGGGGACAAAAUUAUUUCAGUAAACAAUACCAACAUGUGCAAUUUGAGUCAUGAGGAAGCCAUUGCUUACCUGCGCACCUGUCCUGAUACUGUCACUCUAAAGCUAUACAGGGAUGCAAUGCAGACCCCUGUGUCCCCAGCCUCCCCAACAGAGCCUGACAAGAUUCUGAAGCCCAAGCCUUUGCGCAAAGAAGCAAGAGACAUGCUGACAGAUUUGGCCAUGAGGAAACAGUCCCCUGGCAACUCCCUACACAUGGGAGGCAGCACUAAUUCUCCAGGAACACCUCGCAGAAGACGUCUGCAAAAGACCCCAAGCCCUGACAUCAAAAGUGUGGUUGCUGACAGGUGGGAUUCACUCGUGAGAGAAUCAGAUGAAACCUUGCUGGGCAGCCCCUCUCUGGAGAAGAAGGUGUCUCUCAACAGCAUCAGAGAAACUGAACACGAUGCAUCACCAUUUGGGGACAGUCAGACUGAUGACUCUGCCUCCACUACAGUCCGCUCCAGACACUCCUCAGCUGCCUCCUCCUGCUCCUUCACACCCUCAGUGUCAGAGUCUCGUCCUAAGAGACCAAGCUUUUUAGACCUCAACACAGGACACAGCUGCCCACGCAAGACACAGUUCACUCCCCCCCAUGAGGUAGACCAGUCCUUCCCCUCCCCUCAAGGUGGCCACUAUCCCACCGGUGACUCUCCAGACUCUGCUCCCCCACUUACCUCAGCACACAGUGACACCCCUGCUUUUUCUCACCUGCACCAAGUGUACCACAGUGUGAAUCUAGGGGUGCAGCAUCCUCAUGAGGACUUGACAAUGGCCAGUGCUGCCUCUCACCAAAACCUGAGUGGCCUGGAUGGUGAUGGCCCCACCAAUCAAGGUCUUCUCAAAUGGAAAGGUGUUGUGUUCACUCCAGACUCAGAGGAUGAAGAUUCUUCCACUCCUCACAGUCCAACCGGCUCACUCUCGUCACAGAAACAGAAGCUGGUGACGUUAGAACUAAAUCGUGGAUGGAACAGUAGACUGGGAUUCUCCCUCCAGCAGCAGGGUGAUCAAACUGUCAUCACUGCCAUCUAUGCUGACAGUGUUGCUGCCAAAGAUGGACGGCUCAAGAUUGGAGACGUGGUGGUGGAGGUCAACAACACAAAUGUUGUUGGAUGGGACAGUGAGAGUGUGAUAGAUCUGUUGAGGAAAACGCGAGGAAAGAUUUUCCUCACCGUUCAACAGCAACCAUGUUGAUCCCAUCAAGAAGAAGUUCAUCUUCAGUGACAGCUGCAGCAAGGCAGCAGGCCAGUUCCUGCCUGUUGGGGUGAUACCUCUCAGCAAUCCAAGGAGUCAUGGGGCUGGUCUUGACUGGUCGUACUCUCCACAAACUUUUCUCUGGUCAGAAGUGAGUGAGGCAACCCCAAGGAUCCUCCCAUUUUGGGGCAAGACUGGGGGGCCUCUGCAUCACAUCACAAAUGUGUAUUGUACAAAUAUCCACAAUUCAUAUGAAGCUUUCUUCCAAACUGUAGCCAUAUUUAUGUAGUGGAUCAAAGCUUCAUCCUAUAUACUAUACUUGUUAGCUGUUACUGCUGCACCUAUCCUAGUGUACUGUUUACAACUCACUAUAAUAGUCUUUAAAAAUUCCCAUCUUAAACUGCAUUGUUUUCUUGUUUUAACAUUGUUGUUAAUAUUAAAUACUUCACCAAAAUGUUAACGGCAGAGUGUUGUUUCUUACUGAUGCAGUGAUAACAGUGUGGGUUGGUGUGCACUUGACCUGUCUGUGCAAUAGACCAGCUUAGUGCCAAAGAUUUCAGUGUUAAAAUGCAGAAACAUCAAAGAUAAUUGUUAUAUCAGUAGUAACAAAUGUCUUGCAUGUGCCAUUGUCUGCUGUAAGCAAUCCUCAAAAAUCUAAACAUUCCAGCUGAAAUUGUGUACAUUGAUAUUGAUGAGUGAGCCUCAUCAUUGAGGCUGUGGAGUCUUUCACAUUGUAACCCUACUGUGAAUAUAAUCAGGAACUGUUGAAGGGCAGAAGUCCCUCUCCCAGCUGCUGAUCAGAUAACCCUUGAGUCACCCUGACAGAACCUGGUGUGUGGCAAGGCUCGUGUGCUUUGUAAAGUAGGAUUGGUGCCCAGGGGAGUGACCCCAGCACUUUGCCUCACCACUCCUCUCCUAGGCCUCAUAGGCUGGCUCAGGAGUAAGAUGUUAAUAAUGUAUUUUAGGAUUAUACCAUCUAAACUGCAUAAAAGUUAAAUGAAUAUAUAAUUAUAUAUAUAUUUCCUGUAG